GGCCUCUUCUCUCUCGACAUCACCGCGUCGCCGGCGGCCGGAACGCGGCCCGCAGGCCUCGGCAUCCUGGACCGCGCGGGCUAGUGGAUUCAUAUUUAAAAUGGAAGUUGACAUUAAUGGAGAGUCUAGGUCUGUUUUAGCUACUCUCCCCUUGCCUAUUGCUGAGGUGAGUGCCACUGGCAAGGCAGACUCAGAGAAACCUCGCUGCUCCAGCACUCCAUGUUCACCGAUGCACCAGACUGUCUCAGGCUAUCAGAUCCUCCACAUGGAUUCUAACUACUUGGUCGGCUUCACAACUGGGGAGGAACUUCUGAAAUUAGCCCAGAAGUGCACUGUAGGGGAGGAGAAGAAAGUAGAAGCGGUAGUGCCUACCUUGCGCUCCAAGCAGCUUGAUUCAGGACUUUCUCGCUCUUCUCGGGUGUGUAAAGCUAGAAGCAGAUAUUAUCAGCCUUAUGAAAUCCCAGCGAUCAAUGGCCGUAGAAGGCGACGGAUGCCCAGCUCAGGGGAUAAGUGCACCAAGCCACUAGCUUAUGAACCCUACAAGGCGUUUCAUGGCCCUUUGCCUCUUUGCCUUUUCAAAGGUAAAAGGGCUCACUCUAAAUCCCUAGACUACCUCAAUUUAGACAGAAUGAACAUCAAAGAACCAGCUGAUACAGAAGUGCUUCAGUACCAGCUCCAACACCUCACCCUAAGAGGGGACCGUAUGUUUGCUAGGAACAACACAUGAAGAGAAAUUGUCCUUGGUUCUUCAUUGCAUCAAAAUCCGCUGUACGAUGUGGACAGUCACACACCGUGGUACUUGAUUGUAUCAGCAAAGUGUUGCCAGACCAUAAUGUAUAUCAGUAAGAUUAUGAAGAUGGUGGGGUGGGGGGGGAAGUAUUGUGGAAAGAACUACUGGAAAAUUCUGACUGCAAAUGUCAUUAGAACACUAUAACAAAACAGAAGGUUUUGCACUUGGAUACCUAGAAUUUAUAGCAAUGUUACACUCAGAAAUUUAUGAACUGUGACUUGUUUCUGACUGGGCUUGCUGUAAGAAACUACUCAUGGAUAAGCACUGAAAUACACUCUUAAUAUUAAACGUGUGUAUAUGCAAUGACUUUUGCAUUAUAGGAAAAAAAGUUUGACUAAGACCAUGUGUUCUUUAAAAUAAUCCAGUUUACAUUUAUUAUAACUGGUUUUGCACUGGAAAUGGGGAAAGAAAUCACUGAUGAAAUUAAGCCUGAGUACUUACGUUACUGGAGCUGGCUUUUUUUUUAUUAAUGUAAUUGAAUUACUUUUCAUAUUUCAGAUUAAUUUCAUUGUAAAUUAAAAACAAAAACAAAUGUGUUUUGAAGGAGAAAAAUAUUGGAAGGCCAACGGACUUUUAUUUUGUACUUCAUCUUUUUUUAAAAAAGAAGAAGAAAGAUUAAUACAUACAUGGAGAUCUUUAUGUUGUGUGUAUAUACAUCGUGAAUAGCUGCAUUUGCAUCGGCAGUAUACAAAUGACAUUUUCGAUUUUAGUACUACCAUAUUACAUAAUUAUUACAGGAGGUCUUACUAGACCACAUUUUAGCACUUCAUCGGAACAUUCCAGUUUAUUCAUAGCACUGAACAUUACUUUUAAUAUCUUGAUUUGGACUCUGACUUUUCUUUUUUUUAAGUCUUCUAGGAUUUUACUAGACUAUGAAUUAUGUCAAAUGCACUGGCUUGAAAUGUUUAUUACAAAACCAAUCUCCAAUCAAAAUCUAAUUUAACUUAGUUUUACCAUAGCAUUUAAAAAUAAUCUGCUGGAGUUCUCUUUAAGAUGUGCUGCAUAUUACUUAAGCAAUGUGCAACCAUGUUAUGUUUUGGUCUGUUAAGUUAUUUAGAAGUGAAUGCUUAAAUUUUGGGGAAAGCAUAAAGGGAGCUUAAAUUGUUUGUGAAACAAAGACUUUUUAAAGUUCUGAGUUUCCUAAAUAGAAUGGCUUAAGUUUUUUGUCUCUUAAGAAAGGGUGCAGAGAGCACAUGCUUUGGAAGUCUAGAAUUCAUCUCCUCUUUAACACCCUUUCCCCACAGUUACAUCCAACAGGCAGUGCAAAAUCUGUGGAUCUGUUUUGUUUUAACUUUGAGGGAACGCUUGUAAUUUUUACAAGUCACUAUGUUGUAGUGAGGAAUUAUUUCUUAAGAAACUGUUCUAUAUAGCCUUUAGUUUGACCAGAAGAGUACUGUCCAAUGCCAAAGAGAGGGUUUUUACAUUUGUUGAUUAAACAUUAUUUAUUGAUUUUACCCUAUGAAAUGACAUUGUUGACUUAUGAAAUAAAAGGGUGACGUGCAUACAUUUA